AUGGUCAAUAUUACUGACAAACGAUUUGCAGCUCUUGGACCAACCGGAUCGCCUUUAGGCCGUAUGCUUUCUAUUAUUGAUAUUCCCGAUUCCGACGUUCGGUUUCUUAUAUUGGAUUGUCCCACCGAAUCCACGUUGAGCUUUUACCUCGAUGAAUUCGUCAAGCUCAAUGUUGUCUCGGUCGUUCGUUGCUGCCAGCCCACUUACAAUGCGAAUCGGCUCACCGAACGCAAUAUUGAAGUAUUGGAUUUACCUUUCAGAGAUGGUGGCGUGCCUCCUCCUAUGAUUGUUCGCGAAUGGUUGCAGUUGAUCGAUAACACGAAACGAACCGUGAAUAAAGAGGACCCAGCGUAUCGACCACCCACGAUUGCGGUUCAUUGCGUUGCCGGUCUGGGUCGCGCACCUGUAUUGGUAGCCAUCGCGUUGAUCGAAGCGGGAAUGAAACCGCUGGAUGCGAUCGAAUAUAUCCGUACUAAACGCAAAGGCGCUUUCAACAAACCCCAAAUUCAAUACUUGGAUUCGUACAAACGUAUCACAAAACCAAAAUCCGCAAGCAGCCACUCACUCCGAUCAUCGCUGGGCAAAAUGUUCAAACUAGGUUCUAAAUCCACGGUUUCGCAGCAAACGUGA